UUCAGUUGCGUUCGUGGUCGAAGACAGCCUUGUAUGCCCAUGCAUCCAGACAUGACCACUGUCAUAAAAACGGGAAGUGCAGUUCAACAAAUAAAGUGAGGUUACUGGUAAAGUUUCCUGAACUCAAUUACCAGCUGAAAAUUAAAGUUUGCAUUGACAAGGAAUCUGGCGACGUGGCUGCAAUCCGAGGGUCACGAAAGUUUAACAUCCUCGGUACCAACACAAAAGUCAUGAACAUGGAAGAGUCCAACAAUGGCAGCCUGUCAGCAGAGUUUAAACACUUGACCCUGAGAGAGCAGAGAUGUGGUAAUGGUGGCCGGACCAAUAGCGACGCCUCUCUGAUCGUCACUGAGGAGCUCCAUCUUAUCACUUUUGAGACGGAAGUCUACCAUCAAGGCCUGAAGAUCGAUCUGGAGACUCAUUCCCUGCCUGUGGUAGUCAUUUCCAACAUCUGCCAGAUGCCCAACGCCUGGGCCUCCAUCCUGUGGUACAACAUGCUCACCAACCACCCGAAGAACGUGAACUUCUACACCAAGCCUCCGGUGGGGACGUGGGAUCAGGUGGCCGAGGUGCUCAGCUGGCAGUUCUCCUCCACCACCAAGAGGGGCCUGACCAUCGAGCAGCUCACCACGCUGGCUGAGAAAUUACUAGGUGAGCCAUGCCUAAAAGCUGUACUUCAUGACCACGACCGAAGCGGGAUCAGCUCUCUGAUGAGAGACGAGUCUGACCCCAGAGCUCUGGCCUACGUCUACCAACACCAAGACACAUACUGCCUCUUCUACAUCAAGACGGCAAACCUGGCAGACCCGGUCCUGGUUGACAUUGAGAAAGUUUCUAAGAUGGUGGACCAGGAGACAACUGAGGAACCAGCAGAUGCACUGACACAAACUAAUUCCUUACUGCUACUAAAUGACAGUUCAGCCCCAGCAGCUGAGGAACUAGCUUUGGAGGAAGUGCUCAGUCCACGGAAAGAUUCUUCCCCUGGAAACUUAGACCAGGCCUCUUCCAGUAACGAGCUGAUGGCGGUUUUCUCGAUCCAAAUGGAGGAGCCGCUGAUGCCCGACCAGAGCUCCUGCGCCAGUCAGCCAGAGUCUCCACAUCAUACUCUCUCCUCCUCUCAGAUCCUCUCCAUGUUCCCCACUCAGCCAGCAGGGGGCACUCCUUACUCCUCGCCCCCAUACUCUCCCAUCUCCAUGCCCUGGGGCCAGCAGGGGCUUCUGGGUAAUCAGUGGGCAGGUCCAGCUGCAGUGCCCUGGCCCACAAUGCCCAGUAGUCCGUCAGCAUGGCCCCCUGCAGGAUACCAAGGGCCCCCAGCAGGAUACCCAGGGCCCCCUGCAGGAUACCAAGGGCCCCCGGCAGGAUACCCAGGGCCCCCUGCAGGAGGCCAGUUUCUGUCACAUGGCCCUCAGCCAGGAGCUGUGAUGGGAGGAAACUCACCCGCCUCACCCACAGCUGUCAGUGGGUACCCCUCCCCUCUAAACUCCCUCUACACCCCCACUGGAGCAACAGCACCGCUGCAGUCAGUCACCCCCACCUUGUACCAAAAUCUCCUCUUGUAAAGAACUGAGUUGAAAAUGUGUUUUCGAGAUGAUGCUCAUUUAGGUCCACUAAAAUGUGUAUUUCAUUUUUCAUUCUUUCUUUCAUUUGCACGUAAUCAAAUAUUUGUUUUGUUGCCUGAUCAAACUGGAAGAUCAAAACCAUUUACUACAGUAUGUUGUUACGAGUUAUCAUUUACUGUCUGUUUAAACUGAACAAAAGAAACACUUGUACUGCUAUUGUUUAAUACAAUUGAAUUUAUAGUUCACAAAUCACAAAGUAUUAUGAUUAUUAAAGAUAAUAUAGUUUAAUUACCCCUGCUGAUACACUAGGUUGUGUUUUAUGAGUUUUACUGACACUUGAAAUUACUUUUCAUUUCUUUAACAGAUAUAAGUUAGUUAAUGUAAUGUUCAUCAGAAUUAAAUGCAGAACAUAAAAGGAAGCUCAGUUAACUUUGUUUCUAAUUUCCUUCAAACUAAAGCAUCUCACUUUGUCUUCGGUUUUAUUAUAUAACUAUAUCAUUGUGU